GUACCAUGGAGUAUCAGAGUCCUGUAAAAUGGAGUUUGAGGCAAAUCUUCACCCAAUCGAUCAUCCAGUUGGAAAGUUUAGCGGAAACUGAUGUGGGGCGAAGUAAAGAAGCCGGUUUGUAUCUCGAAUCGGCCUAUUUAUCUCCCCGACAUGCAGUUUUUGUAGUGGACGUUGAUGGAAACUUAAUGCUCAGAGAUCUAGACACUGUUUUUGGAACUUUCGUCAAUGGAAUAGCUUUGCCAUCAGGCGGCAACCAAGUACUGGCUCAUGGCGAUAUUGUCAGUUUUGGAUUGGCACAUUACAGGGAAGCUUGUGCUUCUUUGAAGUGAUGCACAUUAUAGAGAAUUGAAUUA